AAUCCGGAGGCAGCUCAGUCUGAGAAGAUACUCACUCCUCUCGUCUCUGCUAUCCUGCUUGCAUCUGACUCCUCCCUCCUGCAGCUCCGAACAGCGCAGGGUGAAUCCAACAGCCUCUCUUUUCUGCUAUGUUUUUCCCUGAGCUACUAGAGCUUGAACAUACCUGAUAAUCUGCCUUCGUUUCAGCUGAACUCGUGAGUAAGGCACGUUGCCUGCUGUCAGAAGUGAAUGGCAUGUUAUUACCUGAAGAGGCUAAAUUAACCGUCUUCCAGUGCUGAAAGGAUUAUGAAGAACUGCUUUUUUUUGCAGCGCCUUCAAUACUUCUUUGCUGCCUGAUUUUUCGAGAGCGUGAGUUAUUCUGGUUAUCGGUGGAUCUUUCACCUGAAUAUUUCUUCAGCAGAUGGCAGGAAAGAGAGCCCAGGAAAACAAAGAAACUUGUGGAGCUAACAGUCCUGGUUUCAGCUAGUGAAAACUUGCAGAGUCAGUGAGAAGGCAAAGAAAAAAUUAGCCAAGGACGAUGUCGGUAACGCCUAGUAAUUUGUCACUGAAUGGAACAAGCUUCUUUGCUGAAAAUCAUAGCAUUAUGGAUAAGCCUAGCGAGCAGAGAACUUUGAAUGUCUUUCUAUUCUGCUUGACUUUUAUCAUUGCAUUCACAGCACUUCUGGGCAGCGUUUAUUCACUAGUUGCCCUGCUGAAAAUGCAAAACAAAACCACGCUUGCCAUGAUCGUGACCUCUUUGUCGAUAGAUGACUUGAUCAGCAUUGUGCCGGUGAUUAUUUUCAUGCUCACUCAGUGGUCAAGCGAUGUUCUGCCCCAGCCUCUGUGCACAUCCUCAGCGCUUAUAUAUUUAUUCCAGGGCAUUUCUAGCAACCUGAAAGGGUCUCUUAUAGUCUCUUACAACUUCUACACCAUCAGCAAAACGGAGGCAAUGAGCUGCAGCACUUCCAAGCGACCAGUGAGCGUGGUACAGGCUGUUCUUACCAUUUGGAUUGUCAGUUUGCUUAUCUGCAUUUUGCCUCUCUGUGGCUGGGGCAAGUACAUCCCCACCUCCUGGGGUUGCUUCACCGAUUGUGCCAGUUCCUACAUCUUGUUUUUAUUUAUUGUCUACUCACUGUGCUUUUGCCUCCUCACCGUGCUGUCUGUUCCUCUAACUUACCAGCUGUUGUGCUCGGAUGAGCAACAGCUGUUACAUGUUGAUUACCAGGAAAUCUCACGAGGCUACAUCACCCCUGGGACACCAGCAGGCUGCAGUACCGCUACCCCAUCUCUGACACCGGUGGACCCUGUGGAUAAAUCCUUGAGGCAUUUCCAAAGUGCAUGUCCAAGCUCGGAGGCAGUUUUUAGGAAAGGUGUGGCUGAGAGCAGUACACUCGAGCCCCAUUGCAUAAACAGCGUAGAGAGCAGGAGCUUCAUGGUGGGCUUUGCCCAGAAACGGUUCUCACUGAUUCUUGCACUGACCAAAGUCAUUCUCUGGCUCCCAAUGAUGAUACAAAUGGUUGUCCAGCACAUCACUGGUUUUCAAAGCCUUUCAUUUGAGACAUUGACUUUGCUGGCUGCCACAGUCACCCCAGUAUUUGUUCUGUCAAAACAUUGGAUCCACCUGCCCUGUGGCUGCAUCAUUAAUUGCAGGAGGAACUCAUAUGCAGUAUCUUCAGAAAAAACCAAACGUAGGGGGUUUGAAUUCAACCUGUCAUUC